GUGGGGGAAAAAGGGAGUGAAGGGAUUGAGAAAAUUCUAGAAUUCAACAAUGAACAACUGAAAUUUGUGAUCGAAUAUUCUAUUUUGGCCGGCGUUUAUCUAUUGUGAAAACGUUUUUUAUAUAUAAUCUGUCGCAAAUUAUCGCGUGAUUGUGCCAUUCAACGCUUUCAUUCUUCCUGUAACAUUAUUAGUUAGCUAAAUUCUUCUGCCCGAUUCAAGAGUGAAUGAUACAGCAUGAGUGAACAAGUUGCAGUUCUGAAGGAUAAGGGCAAUGCCGCCCUGAACCAGGGAAAUUUUGACGACGCUAUCAAGUUUUACUCCGAAGCCAUAAACUUGGAUCAAAAAAAUCAUGUGCUAUACAGCAACCGAUCAGCUGCGUAUUGUAAAUGUGCGAAAUACACCGAAGCUUUGGCUGAUGCAGAAAAAACAGUUUCUAUAAAACCAGACUGGCCAAAAGGUUAUUCACGACUUGGUAGCGCAUAUUACAGUCUAGGACAGUUUGAAAAAGCAGUUGACGCCUACGAAACGGGGUUGAAGUAUGAUCCUUCCAAUGUGCAAAUGAGAGACGCCCUCGCAGACGCCGAAUCUCGACUUUCGAUGAACAAUGGAUUCCCUCAGCCUGGUGGAAUUCCCAAUUUGUUCGAUAAUGUUAAUUGUUUUGCUAAAUUACAAGCUGAUCCUAGAACGAGGCAGUUUCUCAAUGAUCCCGGAUAUGUUCAAAUAAUCAAGAAUUUACAAAGUAACCCUAAAAAUUUGCAACAGUACAUAGAAGAUCCCAGAAUAUUAACAACCCUUAGUGUACUUCUUGGAGUCGAUAUGACUUCCGCUGGCGAUUCCAUGGAUGUUGAUCCACCAAGCGCAUCUCAAAGUGAACCUAAACCAAGCAGUACACCAAAAGCACCCGAACCAGAACCCACCGAAAAUCUUACCGAUGAUGAAUUGAAGGCUAAGAAUGAAAAAGAGCUGGGAAAUGCCGCUUACAAGAAGAAAGAUUUCGAAACCGCGCUCAAACAUUAUAACAAGGCUGUGGAAUUGGAUCCUACUAAUAUGACUUAUUACACGAAUAUUGCAGCCGUUUAUUUCGAACAGAAAAAUUAUAAAGAAUGUAUUGAAACUUGUGAAAAAGCUAUCGAAAUUGGUCGUGAAAAUCGUGCUGAUUUCAAAUUGAUCGCCAAAGCUUUCGCUAGGAUUGGUAACGCGUAUAAAAAGAUGGAAGAUUUGAGAACAGCUAAAGUUUAUUUCGAAAAAUCCAUGUCCGAACACAGAACUCCGGAAGUAAAAACUAUCAUUUCUCAACUAGAUAAGAAAAUCAAAGAAGAAGAAAUUAAAGCCUAUAUUGAUCCAGUAAAGGCAGAAGAAGCAAAAGAAAAAGGAAACGACUAUUUCAACAAAGGUGAUUACGCUGAAGCUGUUAAAUUUUACACAGAAGCCAUUAAACGUAAUCCAGAUGAGCCUAAAUAUUACAGUAAUCGAGCAGCGUGUUACACUAAACUAGCAGCAUUUGAUCUUGGACUUAAAGACUGUGACAAAUGCGUUGAAUUAGAUCCCAAAUUUUUGAAAGGAUGGAUAAGAAAAGGAAAAAUUUUACAAGGAAUGCAACAGCCUAGUAAAGCCGCCUCAGCAUAUCAGAAAGCUCUCGAACUUGAUUCUUCCAACGCCGAAGCACUAGAAGGUUAUAGAUCUUGUUCCAUUUCUGCCAAUUCCAAUCCUGAAGAAGUUAGAAAACGGGCCAUGGCAGAUCCUGAAGUUCAAUCGAUUCUUAGAGAUCCCGCUAUGCGUUUGAUUCUCGAACAAAUGCAAAAUGACCCUAAAGCACUAUACGAUCACUUGCAAAACCCAGAUAUUGCUUCGAAAAUUCAAAAAUUGAUGGACGCCGGUUUAAUCGCUAUUCGUUAAUGUAGCAUUUGUUCAUUCGUACGGAUAAAAUUUUUCUAUUUUUAAAAUGAAAUUUUGUAUCGUAUUAAUUUUUUGCUUACAUAUUACAUUCAUAAAUUAAGUAGUGUAUUUCUUUUUGUUUUAUGUCGUUGGUGGACAUUAUUUUCUUGCUGGGAGGGUUCUUGAGUAUAUUCCGAGUGUGUGUGCUGUUUAUGAAAAUAUAGUUAUUCGUUUCUAUCGAUUAAAUGGUAGCGAAAUAAACAAUGUAUGUAUUUAUGUAACCCUAAUACUUAAUUUGAAUUUUCCAUUUUCGAAAAAUAAAAUGUAAUAGCCUA